AUUAAAAUGGACCAAUUGGAACUUGACUACAUCACUGUCUUCCCUUACGGAAAUCAAAAUCUCCAGAAGGCAUUCUGGUUUGACCAAGAAGGCUUUGAUGCAGAGAGCAUGAUGGCCGACCCAGAGAGCUUUGACCCCAAAGGUACACUCUGGAAGAAAUUUAUAAAAACAUGAAAAAUAAAACUAAACUCUAAAACAAACUUUGCCUCUUUGUUUGAUGAAGAGGCAGGAUACUUGAUAGAUUCCUUUAGGGAUCUACUUAAACUGUUUAAGCUCAGAAAGCUUAGAAAGCAGGAACUAAUCUUAGCCUGUUUGAAUAAGAAACAGGCUGCUAAAUUCACUCAAAUAACUGAAGAGUACUUUCUCAGCCAACUGGUUGAGAGCGACUCAAGUCUCAACGCAGGAGUGCAUGUCAUUUGUAAAGAUACUAUAUAUGAGGAGGAAGCUGAAGCUCAACUAAAGAAUGUUAUCCUCACUCACAAGGACGUCUUAUUCUCAAUAGGGAUGCCAGAUUUACACCCAGGAAGGGGAUACCCGAUUGGGUCUAGUAUCAUUACCAAUGAAGUGAUAUAUCCACCUCUGAUAGGUACAGACAUUGGAUGUGGAAUGAGCUUUAUCAAAACUCCUAUUCCAUCAAGCAAGAUCAAAACAAAAGCAAUUGAGAAAUGGGCUAAAAGGCUCAGAUCCAUAGACACUUACUUAGAAUGAGACCAUGAAGAGCUCGCCAACUUUGAGUUUAAAUGGGCAACAGAAGAAAAUGUCCCCGCUCUUAAAGAAUUUGGAAAAGAAUUCUUCAACCAAAUCGGAACUAUUGGAGCAGGGAACCAUUUCUGUGAGCUUCAAGUAUUCGAAGAAAUCCUAGACCAAGAAGAAUUUGAAAAAGCUAAUUUCACUGAAGAUUCUGCAUACUUAUUAGUACAUAGUGGUAGCAGAGGGUAUGGGAAACACGUAUUAGAUAAAUUUAUCACAGAAUAUCAGCAAAAUGGAGUGAAAGGGUUCGAACCAGACACUCCUGAAUACGACCAAUACCUCCAAGAACACGAUGACGCCUGUAAUUUUGCCAAACGGAACAGAGCAUGCAUUGCCAUGAGAUUCAUUAAAGAAUUGCUCGGAGACAGUGAAGCUUUAGAUGAAGCAGAGGGCGAGUUCAACCAAGAAGAAACCAAAAUUGAUGUUCAAACAGAUAUCAAAAUCCUUGACAGGCUCGACUGAUCCAUUGAUAUCUGGCAUAAUUAUAUGGAAAUCGAAGAAAAAUUGAUUCCAACAACCCAAGUCGACCCAUUGGACGAAGACUGGAAAAGUUGCGAUCUAAUCAAACAGAAAGUGGUGAUUCAUAGGAAAGGAGCCACACCAGCAGACAAAGGAUAUGUAGUCAUCCCAGGAAGCAGGGGAUCAUACUCCUACUUAGUAAAGCCACUUGAGGAGAACGCUUGGCUUAGCGGCUACUCCUUAGCACAUGGAGCUGGUCGAAAAAUGAGUAGGUCCAAAGCAUUAGCUAAGGGAAAACACACUCAUAAAAAUAUCGAAUCUCUUCUGAAAACUCCUCUUGAAAAUAGAGUUGUCUGUGAGAACAAGGACCUCCUAUACGAGGAAGCCCCAGAGGCUUACAAGAAAGUAGAAGAUGUUGUAUCCGAUCUUGAAUACUUCAACCUGAUCAAAAUAAUAGCAGUCUUAAAACCAGUCAUGACCUACAAAUUUAAGAAAGAUCAGAGGAAGAAUGACAAAUAAGCAGCUGUGAUUGGAUAAUUCAACACAAAAU